AAAAAAAAUAUUUGAACUCUUUAGAUUUCAUUAGCAUCAAAAUUAAUGUAUCCAACACGAGUUGUUCGUGCUUUGCAUAAACAUGUUCCACUUAUCAAAUUUCUUGGGCCAAGAGAUAAACUUCAUAAAGAACGCACUGGUACAACACCAAAACUUCAUCCAGCAGAACCUAAAGAAACCGCUUCCCCCUCAAAUACUCCAUCUGAUCAUAAAUCUAUAAUAGCUUUUUCACAAUUACCCGAGAAAUACAAGAGAAAGGGUCCUUCUCCCGAGGAAAUAGAUGCGAUUGAACAUGGUGGAGCAGAUAACAUAAUUCGUUAUAAGGGUUACUUUAAAUUUUAAUUUAUCAAAAAUCACCGAUGUGAUAUGUGAACGUCUAUGUAAUACAACUCACACGUGGAAACUGAUUGUCCGUAUUAUUGAAAUGACAUAAUUUAUAAAAUGUUUGGUAGAAUAUCUGAUUUUGCCAUCGCAAGAAGUAACGGAUCAUCGAAAAACUGUAAAUAUUAAACAUCGUAUUAGAAAAUUGUAGUAAUAUGUUGUGCGGGGCUUGGCUCUA